AUGAACAAGGAAACCAGUUCAGAUAGCUACGGUCGGAGUCUGAGAUCCAGCUCAGAUCUCCACAGACAUACCUCCAAUGACAACCAUGGAAACAGCGUUCACAGCUCGGAUGACCAGGAUGUGCAUGUUUUCACGGGCCAUGACGACGCUAUGCAACCCGCCACUCGGGAACUCUCCAGAACACAGACCCUCUUGAACAAAGUUUCCUCACGAAUCUCGUUUUUCAACGAGAGACUCAAUGCUGAAAGAAUCAGCUUAUCGUGGAAGGUGUUGGGUAUAUAUGGAAUCAUGGGAUUCUUCAUCUUGGCCAUUUUCUCCAUCUACUGGGGAUCCAUAUAUCGUCGUGAGUACCGCUACAAAAACCUUCGUAUGCUUGUGGUUAUUGAGGACGAAGAUACCGUCAAUGGAAUUGCUCCGAUUAUCGGCGAAACGAUCAGAUCAAUAUUGGCAACACCUCCAGCAAUGGCAUUGGGUAAGUGGCUCAUCCAGAAUACCACUGAAUUUAAUGCAUUGGCACAACGGCACAACAAUUCUGUCUUUGAAGAGAUCCAAAGACAAGUGCACCACCAGCACUACUGGUCGUCCAUCUACGUGCCUAGGAACGCCACGGUUGGGCUUUAUGAGGCAAUUCUUGCAGGAGAUGUCUCCUAUAACGUUUCUGCCAACACUGCCAUCUCAUAUUAUGAGACGGGGCGUGAUUUCUUGAGUAUGAACCAGUAUGUGACUCCAAACGUGCAAAGAAUCCAGUCCAUGUUCUUAAGACACCAGCAGAACAUCACCUCCGCUAUCUUGGGCAAUUCUGACCUCUCACAAGUUUUUAAUAACCUGAACUCGUUGACAGUGGCUGCUACACCAAUGGAAUGGACCUUCAUGGAUGGAAGACCUUUCAAGGAUCCCGUUUUACUUGCUCCAUCGCAGGUGGGUCUCAUUUACAUGAUCAUCAUCACGUUCUUCUCCUUCAACUUCUUCUCGGAUAUCCACCAGAGUGUGGCCAAGAUGGGUAUCAAGAUCCCCCAUCUUGUGCUUUACAGAAUCCUCUCCGCCAUCUUGAGUUUCUUUGUCAUCAGUUUCUUCUACAGUUUGGUAACGUUAGUCUUCCAAGUUGAUUUCACCCGCACUUUUGGCCAUUCGGGUUUCAUUGUUUACUGGAUGACCAAUUUCUUGACCAUGUGGGCCGUAGGAGCCAUGAAUGAAGCCAUGGGUAUGGUGUUCAUCAUGUUGUAUCCUCCACUCCUUGGAUUCUGGAUGUUGUUCUGGGUCAUUGUUAACAUUUCGCCCACUUUUGCCCCAUUGGCACUUAGUGCCAAAUUCUUCCGUUACGGUUACGGUAUGCCUAUCCACGCUUCGUACGAAAUCACGAAGGUGAUCUUCUUCAACACUUAUAAGGGAGCCUUGGGAAGAAACUACGGUAUUUUGGUGGCAUGGUGUGUGAUUGCCAGUGUAUUGUUACUAGUGGUAUUUAAGAAGUUUGGCCAAGUUAUGGGUGGUCGAGCAGCUGCUCAGAGAGCACAAAUUGAGAAAGAAUUGAAUGAGAAGCGUGCUAGAGAUGAAGAGGGAGAGAUUGACUUUAGCUAG